AUGGGGGACAAGAGGAAGAAGACGUUCAUGUUCAUCCGUCUAGUGUCUGCAGCUGGAACUGGAUUCUUCUAUGUGAAGAGGAAGAGUAGCAAGGGCCUUCUCGAGAAGCUUGAGUUCCGCAAGUACGAUCCUCGUGUCAACCGCCAUGUCCUCUUCACUGAGCAGAAGAUGAAGUGAAUUUUUUUUUUGUCUGUGUUUCAUUGCUUUUGAAAAACGUAGAGCAAAUCUCUAUCUGCAAGUAGUUACACUUAUCAAUCAAAUAAGCUCUCAAGUUAAGUUGUGGUUUAGACUUUGUAAGCUUCAGUUUUGAGGAUUCUUUUGACCAUUUUAAAAGCAAAAAAUGAAAGUGGGUCUCUUUAAACUCA